CUGAGUUGUCAAACGGUUCUAUUUGCUACCCGGUUCCGUGACUUUUCAUAGUCCAAUCUGUCAUCUGUCAGUAGUGUCGCGCGAGAUCGCGGCAAUGAUACUUCGUCUUCGUACUUAAUAACGAGUGUCAUCUGAGACGAUUAAUCAUGAUGUGUGAGCGAGUCUCCUCAAUUCUGACAAUACGCGCGAAAAGUACUGUUCGAGCGACGCUUCGCUGUCGACGCUGAUUCUACCGAGAUGCUAUCGCCAAUCUAGAUCCUGGCAAAGGUAAACGAGACAGAUUCCGAAAGCAAACAAACUACGAAUAUCGAGUCAAUGGAGUGUUUUCGAGAAACGGCAAGAGAUAGAAAGAAAGAGAGAGAUCUAUGAUGACUCCGCAACCUCCGGAAAGUUCAGCUUGAAUUAAUUGAUAAUUUUGAUAUUGGAGGGAUGUAGGUUUUAUGAUUUCUCUUCGAAGAGAGAUUUUCUUCGGUGUCAUGUUGAACGAUGCAAGAUUAAAAACUAUACACGUUUUAUAUUAUCACGUGUUAAUUAGAAUGCAAGAUUGGAAUGAGUCAAAUGAAUCGAAAUAUCGUUGAAUUACAGUUACAAUUAUUAUGGAGCCUCAUUGAGAAUCGGAAUUUAAAAUCUCGUACGAAACGGGAAGUCUGAUUAGAGCGCAGUAAUUCGCAGCAUGUUGUCAAUAAGUCAUUCCGGAGGAGGGAAAUGAGAUUAAAAGGAACAAUACAUUGGCAAUUAUGUAACGGUCAUAAACAAGACUUAUCUUGGUGAUGGAGGAUUACACGCCAAUCGACGAGGACUUUCCGGGCCGGCUGUUGCAUCAGGCCGCGCUCUGGGACAAUGCCGAGCUGCUGGAGGAUCUGCUACGUGGCGAACACGCGCAGUACAUUAAUAGCAAGGACUCGUGGGGUAGAACGCCACUGCAUGCGGCCGCGAUCACAGAAAAUUCUCGCUGUCUGGAUGUCUUGCUAACCGCCGGAGCCGAUCCGAACGUUGUUUGCGGUCCUCGCGGUCAUCAUCGAACGCCGCUACACGUAUGUGCGGAGCACGGUCACGCCGGUAACGUGGAAAGACUGCUGAGUUUCAAUGCGGAUCUCAUGAUCCGCGACGAUGAUGGCUUGCAGCCGCUCGAUAUCGCCGAGAGAGGCAAACACGACUCUUGUAUUCAUCUUCUGAAAGCGGCGGCUGAGCAAUAUGAACUGGCAAAACAGGCGACCCACGCGUCCUUACGCGCAGCUUGUAUCCAAGGUGACACGGUGGCCGCCCGGAGCAUCAUUCAGAGCUUGUCGACUGAUCUAGAAUGCGUGGUGAAUAUGACACCGAACGGCGCUAACACACUGCUCUUCAUCGCCUGCGAGAGCGGCCAUAAGGACAUCGUUCGGCUGCUACUGGAUCACGGCGUCGAUUGCAGGAUUCAUCCGGUUACUAAAUACUGUCCGCUCUAUAUAGCGUGUUAUCACGGCAAGGUGGAAAUCGUCGACUUACUACUUCGACAUUUUCCCAAGCAGGUGCAACAGCUUACGGUAGAGCGUUGGUUGCCGAUACAUGCAGCCACGAUAAACGGUCAUCAUUCAGUAAUUGAUGCGUUGCUUAAAUUUGAAUAUCCGCAACACGUGUAUCAGCGAUACAAAGAUCCGUCCGGCGAAUUCGAAUACGAUCUGCCGUUUGAUAUCAAUGCGCAAGAUGUCACCGGUCAACAUGCGCUUUAUAUAGCCAGCAUGCUGGGCAAUAUCAAAUGUGUUGAAUUAUUUUUGGGUUAUCGAGUGAAGGCGAGAACAACCAAGGAGGAGGAUAGCGUGGGUGGCGCGCAACAGCUUCCCGUAUCGAAACACAAAAUCUCCAGCGGUAUCCAAAGACUGAUGUCAUCCUUGAAUUUUCGUAGCAAAACAUCCACGGAUAAAAGAGAUGAUAAAAUGAUAUAUCCGGUAAAUCUGGAUCUUUAUUGCAACAACGGCAGCGAAACGGCAUUGCACGCGGCCGUUAGGAGUCGACAUACUGAAGUAGUGAACGCUCUUCUUCAAGCUGGUGCCAAUCUAGAAUUGCCUGUUAAAGUCUUGUAUGAUCAAAAUGAUCCCGAGGGCAGUUACUCCAGCGUAUUGACGAUAGCAUGUCAAAAUCGCGACGUAAAGAUCGUGGAUCUGCUGUUAAAACAUGGUGCUGUCGACAACGAGUGCAAGGCGCUGAAGAUCGCCGCACAGAAUCGCGAUGAGACAUUGACUGCAAAGUUGCUGUCGAUUAAAGCGCAUCCGGACUCCGAAUACAAAAUUAAUAAAAAAGCGAUGACCGAGUGCACACAAAGCUCGCAUUUCUCCGCCUUAUCAUCUUUCGGUCAUGUCACCUAUUCUACGUUGUUUCCGAAAACACCCACCAUGAUCAAUUGGCAUAAUCAACAGUGUCGUCUCUCGCAGAUCCGUUUGCAAUGGCUGAUCGACGCGGUGCUGCACGUCAACAAGAAGCUGAGCCCAAAGAACAACGAUCUGGUGCUGUACGCCAUCACGCGAAUUGAUAUCUCUCACAAUUCCAUAACUUCCAUGCCGUCUGCCGUGUUCUAUCUGCAGAGUUUACGUUAUCUCAAUAUGGCACAGAACAAAAUCGACACUCUUACUGCUGACUCUAAAAACCCGAAGGACAAGCUAUGCCCAGUUCUAGAGGAGAUGUAUCUCCAAGACAAUCGAUUGGAGCAACUGCCCGAAUUCAUUAUGAAUCUUCCAGCUCUCGAAAUCAUAGACGUCUCCAACAAUAAGUUGCAGUGCCUGCCACAGAAUUUGUGGCGCGCACCCAAACUCAAGGAACUGAACGCGUCGUUUAAUCUAUUACGCGAUUUACCCAGUCAAGUGUCGCAGAAUAUCCUAAGAAAGUCGCAGCGCGGUUCCGACGAGACGCAACAGACAUGCACCGACUUCCGUGGACUGGCCAUUGUGCCGCGGAUAGAGUCUAUGGAAUUUGAUUCCUUUACGAAGAUCGCAAACGCGCAGGUAAUCGAGAUGGAACGACCACAUGUGUGGACCAGUUCAGUUCAAGUAUCAGAAAGAAUGAGCGAUGACACGGAGAAUGGCAACAAAUCAGUGUUGGCAUCAUUGAAUUUGGCACACAAUCUCUUCAACAGUAUUCCCGUGGCAUUACCAUGCUUGGCUGUAAGCCUAGUGCGAUUGAAUAUGGCAUACAACUCUCUGCGAUCGAUGAGUCACAUCACCUCAUAUCCAGCGAGCCUGAAACAGCUAGAUUUAUCGAAUAAUCAGAUUACGCGUUGGCCGAGUUUGCCGCAGGUUGACAGUUCCGAUAGCAUGGAACAAGCGAAUACAGCCUGCUAUUGUCCAGCCGUCAAUGCGCAAUCUCCCAACAUCGUACCCGGCAAUCGGCAGACCCCUACGUCGAUGCGCGACAUUGUGCUGCAAUCAGUGUGUGCACAUAGACGGCACCUACGGCUAGAAAAUAUGCGUACGUUGAUUCUGGCGAACAAUCUACUGAAUCGUAUCCAGUUAACGUCGUGUGACGACGGCGAAAUGCCGAGUCUAGAAGAAGAGCGAAACGACUCGGACAAGGAUUCAAAAGGAAUCGGACACUCCAGCUCCAAAUCAUAUCUGCUCUUUCCCAAUGUCAGUAUGCUGGACGUUAGUAACAAUCAAUUGCGCGAAAUACCGCACAACAUUUACGAGCUUAAUAAUCUGUCGGUAUUAAAUAUCAGCGGCAACAACGAAAUCGUCGAGCUACCGCCGCAGAUGGGUUUACUGGGACGUUUAUGGAAUCUGAACACACAGGGUUGCCGAUUGCAAGAGCCGCUCAAAUCGAUGAUCGAAUCAAAAAAGUACAAGACGAUGGAUGUGAUUGGUUACCUGAAGUCAAUCCUGGAAGACGCCAAGGCAUAUGCACGCAUGAAGCUGAUGAUUGUUGGUAUCCAAGGAAUCGGCAAGACAAGUCUGCUCGAACAGUUGCGGCAGGAAGGUGAGGUGCCGAACAAGAAGAAGGCGUCCGAGCACUGGGCCAAACGGAUGGGUAACAAGAACAUUAACGCGAAGACUGCUAAGGGUACAACCAUCUCGACGGUGGGUGUAGAUAUCGGCGAUUGGCUUUAUGAGAAGAAAGUGCGUGGACAAUCAUCCCACGGUCCGGUAUAUUUCAGGACCUGGGAUUUUGGUGGCCAGCGCGAGUAUUAUGCAACGCAUCAGUAUUUCCUUUCAAAGCGCAGUCUAUAUCUGGUCGUGUGGCGAAUCACGGACGGUUUCAAGGGCGUAUCCGAAAUCUUUCAGUGGUUAGUGAACAUUCAGAGUAGAGCGCCAAACUCACCGGUUAUUAUCAUCGGCACCCAUUAUGACAUUUUCUACGAGCACAGUGAGGGUCUGCAGCAAUAUAUUCGCGACAAAUUUAUCAAUGUGGUUGAUGCCGAGAAAUGCGGCCUACCCAAGGUCAUGGAAACGAUUGAAGUGAGUUGUAAAACGCGCCACAACAUCAAGAUGUUAUGCAAUCUCAUCUACGAUGUUGUCUUCAGCCUGAGAUCGCCUGGUAGCAAGGAGUUGCUGCUAGAACAGAAGGUUCCAGCUAGUUAUCUAGCACUAGAGGACGUAGUAAUUCAAUUGGCGCACGAUAGGAAGUUGUCCGGCCUAGAUCCUGUGUUAAAAGCCGAUCAGUAUUACGCGGCAGUCAACAACGAACUUCAAAAACUGCACAGAUCAUUUAGAGAUCCCGCCGAAUUGCAUCAGGCGACACUGUUUCUCCAUGAGAACGGUAUAAUCUUGCAUUAUGAUGAUGCUACGUUGAAAGAUCUCUAUUUUUUGGAUCCGCAGUGGCUUUGCGAUAUGCUGGCUCAUGUAGUAACUAUACGGGAGAUUAAUCCAUUCGCAAGAUCUGGUAUAAUGAAGUUGGACGAUAUCCAGCACGUCUUCAAAUCCUCCACGAUAUCGUCGAUCGACACACAAGGCUAUAUCGUCAGUCUGCUCAAUAAAUUCGAAGUUGCACUAACAUGGGAUUGCCGUACAUUGUUGAUACCGUCUCUUCUACCAACUGAGGAGGAUAUUUUGCGCAAUAAUCAAAUUAUCAAAGUGCCGGUGAAGACGCGUGGUUGGCACGUACGCGCCAAGAAGAUCACGUCGCCCAUAUUCACAUGUUUGGGCGCGCCAUCCAGCGAUAAGAGCAACGCUGAGUGCGUACUUACAUCGAGAUCGCAGCCCGACUGUUCCGUCACCAGGCUGUUACUCAUGUCAUACUUCCCCAGCGGCUUCUGGUCCCGAUUGAUUACUCGAAUUCUCGCCGACGAUGCUAUUGUCGAGAUCGUCAUGUCGUUUCUGGCGCCGUUUAAGGACUUUGUCGAUGACAAUAUUUUUGCCAGUCUAUUAGACUUGCAGGCCGAGUGGGUGCUCUGGCAGACAGGAAUUGAGCUGCGAUACUCGGGCAUUACAUUGUUGCGUUUGAAGGAGGUCUGUUACAAUCUGAAGAAUUCACCGUACGACUACAGGCAGUUCAAAUUUAAACUUAAACAGGAUGGCAUUUGGUGCACAGUGGAUUUGCGAAAUUCCGCCAUCCUCGAAAUUUGGUUUCCAGUGGACACUCUGGUAAUUAAGCAACCCAUCAUGUCCGAUUCCGUAGACGAGGAACCAAUGGGCUAUCAGGCAAUCGUAGUAGAACCGCGGAUGGAGAGUAUGCCGCAACUGAUGGCGUUGAUUGUCGAUCACAUCGACAUUCUCCUCGAAGAUUGGUAUCCUACGUUAGGCACACGCUUUGUUCAUACAUCGGAGGGCAAAUUGCUGGUCACCAGACUUAUACCGUGUCCACGCUGUUUGCUCGACAAUACUGAGAGCAGUGACAUCGAAUCGAACGACGGUGACGGUCGACUAAUCGAGGACAUCCAAAAAUAUUGCGCCAUAAAUCGUAGCGAAAGGCAAAGCCAAGACAGCUACAAAUCCGAUGGUGACAGCGGCGUCGGUUACGAUAGUUUGACAUCUAGCAGAAUGCCAUCGCUUGAGGGACAUCCGGACGUAUCGAGGCAACAGACUCCUUCCUCGCAUCUCGAAGGUAUCCUCGCAUACUCUUGGAUGGUGGAGGAAUGCAUAUUGGCAGCGUACAGCAACAAAUCCAUCAGUUGCCCGAGGCACUCGGAGAUCCCAUUGUCGCACGUCGCGCCAGACAUUAUUUUUAUGGAUCUAGGUGCUAAGCAUCUUAUCAAAUCGGAAGACCUUAAACGAGGCAAGCUGCUUGGACGGGGUGCCUUCGGUUUCGUCUUUCGUGGCAACUGCCGAUUACCAGGCACACACGUUCGCGCUGACGUAGCCAUUAAGAUGCUACAACCGGUCUCGCCGGGUCCGAACUCGACGCAGUCAGCAAUACUUGCGUAUAAAGCAUCGCAGAGCAAAUGGGACCGCGACCCAUUACAAUACGCCUGCAAGGCUUAUUGCAUGGCGCGUCAGGAACUCAACAUCUUGCUGACACUCAGACACGCCAAUAUUGUGCCAUUAAUUGGCAUAGUUGUCAGUCCAUUGGCUCUGGUUCUGGAUCUCGCUCCUCAGGGCGCGCUAGACGGCGUCCUGAAAAACUACCGUCGUUCCGGCGCUAAAUUAGAUCCUUAUACGCUGCAGGCAAUAAUCUUACAGGUCGCCAAAGCAGUGGAGUAUCUGCAUCAGCAGCAUGUCAUCUAUCGCGACCUAAAAUCAGAGAACGUCUUAGUGUGGCAGAUACCAUUGCCGUUUCAGGAGAGUUCGGAACCAGUGCACGUCAAAGUCGCUGAUUAUGGGAUUUCAAGGUUGACACUUCCCACGGGAGCAAAGGGUUUCGGGGGCACGGAAGGUUUUAUGGCACCCGAAAUCAUCAGAUACAACGGCGAGGAGGAGUAUACGGAGAAAGUGGAUUCGUUCUCUUUUGGCAUGUUCAUCUACGAGCUGAUUACGCUGCGCCAACCAUUCGAGGGUCACGAGGCAGUGAAGGAAUGCAUUCUGGAAGGUGGUAGACCGCCGCUCAUGUACCGCGAGACUCUCCAUCCAUGUUACGCACUCGAUCUAAUGGUGAUAUGUUGGGCGCAGAAUCCGAAGGAUCGACCAACAGCUAGUCAGAUCGUUUCAAUCGCUUCCGCGCCCGAAUUCACACACCUGAUAGAUGUCACUCUGCUAACGGAGCGCACGCAGGUAACGGCAGUCACCUUGACAAAUCGAGCCGGCAACAGCUCGAAUAGCGACGCAGAUAGCCUGAAUAGUGACGAGAUAUGGUUCGGCCACAACAACGGCGAGGUGGACAUGUUAUUGGGCACUCAGAAGGGUUGGCUGCGUCACGUACGUAUCGAAACGCCUGUAAUACCGUAUGCCAUGUACGGUGUAGAUGGCUACAUCUGGAUCGGCGACAAUGCUGGCCAGGUGCACGUCUAUCUGUGCGGCAACUUUGGCUGCGUGGCUAGCUACAACCUCGAGGCGGAUCACAACAGAGAAUCUAAAGUAGUCGGAUUGAUCCACUUAGAACAAUUGAAACAAUUUGUCGUGGCACUGCACAGCGGUCGUAUCUUCUUAUUGUCCAGCUCAUUCACGCAGAUAAAGAAGACGGAGAUCACCGGCGGUACGGCAGAAGUAACACGACAUAAUGCCGAUAUCAAAACUUAUUCGCUGACGGCGAUUUAUCGAAAGAGACGCAUAGUGGAGCUUUGGGUUGGCCAGAGUUUCGGCCGGAUAUCCGUUUAUACGCUGAAGGACGGCAACCUAAUCGACACGGUACAAUUGUCUCACUCUACCGGGACCGCCAACGAUGCCACCAUGAAGAAUCUUUUCGCCACAUAUCUGACCGGCGCGACCGUCGAGAGCUUCGUCUUUUCGUACACAUAUCCAGGCUGCGUAGUGUACCAGUGGGACGUGGACGGCCGACAGAUCGUCAAUAAACUUGACAUGUCCAAACUGGUGCCUUGCUCCGAAAGUCUCAAGUCUAUUUCUAUCGAGGAGAAUCUGUCGACGGACAAGUGUCAGGUGACCGCGCUCGAGGCCAGCUCCGGUCAGCUGUAUAUCGGCACCACCUGGGGCUGCAUCGUCGUCGCCGAGUGCGGCACUCUGCGACCCGUCACCGUGUUCCGGCCGUUCGAGGGCAAGGUUUGUCAGAUUGUGUCCCUCAAAUCUACCGACAAGAAGAAAGCACUGUUGGCAACCGUCGGCCAGGGCUAUCGCAGCCUGAUCGCACGAUACACCGAUUUCCCGUUGAAGAGUCUGGAGAAUGAAGAACUCAAACAUGGCAUGUAUACUUUGCUGUGGCGAUCGGAAAACUGGUCGUCGGCUUGAUUCUCCCGAAGAUCUUAACGUCCGCAUUCUCGCUCGUCUUCAACGAUGUCUGAUUUCAAGUUUCGUUUAUCUCGUAUACGAAAACAACACAGAACAUGCUGACAGAUUGCAUUUAACCGCCGAAUGCGCGAUGAGACGAUGAAACAGUCCAACUUUCUUCCAAUGAAUACCGGCAGAAAAAGGUUGUAAUAAGCUUUGGUCUGUGCCAAUGUAGACAUUUCGGUAUAAUGAAAUUUCGAAGAGCGAUGAGAUUUAUCGGAUUCUCUUCUCUUUUCGACGAAGCAUUUAAGUGGUGCAAAGUUUAACCGAGUCUUUCUGCGCUCGAAUGAAUCUUAUACGUCCAAUAUUAUUAUAAUGCCUGAUAUAUAACAGGCAUUUGCGGUGCAAAUAAGCGCGCUUGAGAAAGAAAUCAUUUUCAUAGAAUUUAAAAAGAAUAACAAUCUUAAAUGCAAAUUUUAACGCUCGAUUUUUUCGAAGCACGCUUAUUGACAAAUACUCUAUGUAUCGCGUUACAGGCUGUAUGCUAAUUCUUUAGUUCGUCCAAGUUGCAGGAAUUAUCGAAUCAAGAGUGUAAGAGAUUGAGAGAGGGAGAGAAAUAAUCUUAUUUUGUAUAAAACAAAAUUGUAAAGAUGUAUAAGAGUUUAACGAUACUCUAGUAACGUUUUCGUUUGCAUAAGUAUAAUCAGAUGUUACGAUUCGUGGUAUUUAAAUGUUUAUAUAAUGCUUGAAAUAAUGAAAGAAUAGAAACGAGUCCGACAUAUAUUAACUUAUUAAUUAUGCCUUCGCAAUAAGACAACAGCAAAAGAAGAGAAACAUUCUUCAGUAUCCUAUUUGAUAUUAUCUGAGCUGUUUUGGAUAUUUUUUAGCGCUAUUAAUUAAUAAUAUUCACACAUAUCGAGAGAUUUUUAUUUUACUGACAUAAAUUUCACAAUCUUGGAUCGAUAAAAAUAUGAUAUCAAAAUCAUACUCAUAUAUUUCCUUGAAAUUCAGUUGUAACACGUACAAAAUAAUAAAUAAUUUCGUCUUAUCGCGAAAUAUAUGUACGUAAAAGUAUAAAAAUCUAAAUUUUAAGAUUACUGUGGAACACGUUAUAUAAAUAUAUCAGCAUUAUGUUAUUAUAUACUAGAUAUGAGAUUAUACACACGCACACAUACACAUUAGAAGCACUUCGCUCAAUUGAAUCAUUAAAUUUUCAUUCAUGUUUUAAUUAUAAAGAAAUAAUUAAUGUAUCCCAAGUGCGUAAUGAAUGUGAUACGAGGUACUCAGCGAAAGAAAGAACGUAAGAUAUCGAAAGUUGUUACAUUAUUUUUAAUAAUGAUGUUCUCUAAUUGUGUUUUUUUUAACAAGUAGCUCUUCAGAUUUUUUAGAAAUUUUGUCUUAUUGGGAGAUACUCGGCUCUUAAAAUUAAACAUUCUGCAGAGGAUAGUUCUUAUAUUAGUAUCGUAACAUAAAAAAAGAAAGUGAACAAUGUAUGUAUGUAUGUACGAUUUACAUGUCGCGCGUAUAAUACAUUUUUUUUAAAUAGCAUUUAAAAGACUAGAUUAAUGUUAUUUCUAGAAAAUGUGACAAGAUCGGCCGAAUCUUUCUAAUAUUAUAUAUAAUGCAUACGGCUUGCCCUCCAUAAAUUCUGAACCAGCACAUUCGAUACAUACAUUGAUACGUUAAAUGCCGUAAGGCUUACUGGUGAUAGCCAAAUUAGUGAAAAUGCUUGUAAUAGAUAUAACAAAAUACUCAAAUUUUUGAACAACAUUAACGUUAUAAUAAUUAUAUAAAAUAGCAACAUAUGACAAAAUAUGCAAAAUUUAGUUGAUAUUAAAUGUAUUAUA